GUGGAACUCUCGUUGGUUUGUAGUGUGUUGUCAUCGUGGACUUGACCGCGACCGAGCGAACAUGAGUCAACCGAACGAAUACAGGAAGAUCUUCUUCAACGAUGCUGCCAAGAACGCUGAGUUUGCCUUCUGCGACAACGCUGUCGUCACGUCCAAGUACACAGUGCUGUCAUUCGUGCCCAAGUUUCUCUUUGAGACGUUCCGCAAAUUCGCCAACGCGUACUUUCUCGUCGUGUCCAUGAUGCAGGUGAUUCCGUCCAUCAGCAACACGAACGGCCUGCCGUCAACAGCGCCAACGCUGCUCUUCAUCAUGGUCAUUGACGCCAUUUUCGCCAUCUUGGAGGAUCGUAAGCGGCACGUCGCGGACGCUAUUGCAAAUUCACGUGUUACAAAUGCCUUGGACAAGGACAACGCGCAGUUCACGCCGAGGGAAUGGAAAGACCUGUGUGUUGGGGACUUUGUUAAGUUGGGCAACAGGGACCAAGUGCCUGCGGACUUGCUGAUUCUGGCUGUGUCGGAGCAGCCGUCGGUGCCCCCCACAGGUCUUUGCUACGUCGAAACCAAGAGUUUGGACGGCGAGACAAAUAUGAAAGUACGGCAAGCGAUGCAGUGCACGAUGACCAAGUGCCGCUCGCCCGCUGAACUCCUCGCUUUGAAGGGCAUGGUGCAAUGCGAGCAUCCCAACAACGGGAUUAACACCUUCCAGGGUGUGUUACACUUAAACGGCGGAGAAAAGGAGUCAAUAGCGCACAAGAGCAUCCUCCUGCGGGGCUGUAUAAUUCGCAACACGGAAUGGGUGUUUGGGUUUGUCAUCAACACCGGGCAAGACACCAAGAUCAUGAUGAACAACACGGCGACGCCGUCCAAAAUGAGUUCCAUGGACGCCUCGAUCAACCGGUACAUUGUUGCGCUGGUGUGUGUGCUAUUCACGUGUUGCGCUGUGGGGGCGACGGGAAGCGUCCUGUGGGAGACGAAAAACUCGGCCACGUGGUACAUCAGCGGGUUGGGGCACCCGUCGCCGUCGUCGCAGUCGUCGUGGGUCGUCAUGUUCUUCUACUUCUUUCUGCUCAUGUACCAGUUCAUUCCGAUUUCGUUGUACGUGUCGAUGACGAUGGUCAAGCACGUGCAGUCUGUAUUUAUUCAAUGGGACGCCAAGAUGUAUCACGAAGACUCGGACACGCCAGCCUUGGUCCGCACCAUGUCGCUCAACGAAGAACUGGGCCAAAUCUCGUACAUAUUUUCCGACAAAACCGGGACGCUCACGUGCAACGUGAUGGAGUUCCGCAAGUGCUCGAUUGGCGGCGUGUCGUAUGGCCAUGGCACAACCGAAAUCGGGUUGGCAGCGCUCAAGCGAGCUAACAAGACAGAGCCAUUGCCUCCAAUUGAAGAAACCAAGCGCAAGGCUAAUGUCGUGCCGAAUGUCAAUUUUGACGGCCCCGAGUUGUUUGACCACAUGGCAGGUGGGCUUGGAUCGGACCAAAAAGACCGAAUCGACUGGUUCUUUCUCCACUUGGCGAUCUGCCACACGGUCAUCCCUGAGCGCCGUGAAGGCACAAAUGAGCUGACGCUGUCGGCAUCUUCACCGGACGAGCAAGCGUUGGUGUCUGGCGCGUCGUUUUUCGGGUUCGAGUUCAUCAACAGAGUUCCUGGCAAGGCUUUCUUGCGAAUUCGGGGAGUGGAAGUCCAGUAUGAAUUGCUCGACGUGCUAGAAUUUAGCAGUGCGCGAAAACGCAUGUCGAUCGUGGUCAAGAGCCCAGAGGGGCAUAUUCUUGUGCUGACGAAGGGCGCAGAUGUUGUGAUAUUUGAGCGGUUGAGGACAACUGAGCAAAACGCCGAGCUGCUUCAACACACGACCGCGCACAUCAACGGCUUUGCCAACGAAGGAUUGAGAACGCUUACGAUUGCUUCCAAGAAACUCGACGACACAUUUUACGGCAAAUGGAGGGAUCGAUAUCAUGAAGCACUGAACAACCUGGACGAAAUAGACAAGCAAAAGAGCGAAGCGCCGAAUGCUAUUGACGAUUGCAUGGACGAACUGGAAAAAGACCUGGAGCUUCUUGGGGCUACUGCCAUCGAGGACAAACUCCAAGCCGGCGUGCCUGCUACAAUUGCGACACUGGCCGAGGCCGGCAUAAAGAUUUGGGUGCUCACUGGCGACAAGGAGGAAACUGCCAUCAACAUUGGCUUUGCGUGCAACCUCUUGCACAGCCAAAUGCGACGCGUUGUCGUCAACUCCGGUUUGUUUGACACUCCGCAAAAGAUUGAACGUGAGCUUCAAGCCCAGUUUGCCAACAUUUGCAAAAUUGCGCAAGACCCAGCGGAGACCUUGGUGGAUGUUGCCCUGAUCAUAGAUGGAGAGAGUCUCGUCCAUGCCCUGGAAGGCACGUGUCGGUACGCAUUGCUGGAGUUUGCUCAGCACUGUAAAGCCGUCAUUGCUUGUCGAGUGUCCCCGGGUCAAAAAGCUCAAAUGGUGGCUCUCAUCAAAGAUAACAUUCCAUGUGUUCGCACCUUGGCAAUUGGAGACGGAGCGAACGAUGUCCCGAUGAUCCAAGAAGCACACGUUGGUGUGGGAAUCUCUGGCCAGGAGGGACUCCAAGCAGUCAAUGCAAGCGAUUACGCGAUUGGCCGCUUUUCCUUUAUCGGACGGUUGCUCCUCGUCCACGGCAGGUGGAAUUACAUGCGCAUGUCGCAAUUGGUGCUGUACAUGUUUUACAAAAACAUCAUGCUGACCUCUGCGCAAUACACGUACACGUGGUUGAGUGGGUUUUCCGGCCAAAAGUUCUUUUUGGAGUCGAUUGUCCAGUUGUACAAUGUCAUCUUCACGUCGUACCCGAUUUUGUGCCUGGCCAUCCUGGACCAAGACGUUCGCGAUCGAAUGGCGAUGGCCUUUCCAAAGCUGUAUAUGACGGGGCCUCAAAACAGCCUGCUAAACGCAGCCGUGUUUUCCUCGUGGGUGUUUUCCGCGCUCGUGGAAUCUGCAGCCAUUACGCUGAUGGUUGUGUGGUCGUUUGGAAACAGUGGCCACAUGUCCGAGUGCCCUGGAAUGUGGCUCAUGGGAAACGUCGUGUUUUCGCUUGUGAUGCUGGUCGUUACUUUCAAAUUGACGUUGUUCCAGAACUCGUGGCUGCUCAUCAACUGCGCGCUGUACGCGCUGUCGAUUCUACUAUGGAUUUCAAUUGCCACGAUUGCGUCCAACUGGUACAUGUUAUCGGGAUGGCCAUGGAUGGAUAUGAUGGCCAGCAUGUCCAGCCUCGUCCCAUUCUGGUGCAUGAUGCUGUUAGUGCCUAUCAUGGUGCUUGUACCAACGUACUGUGGCCUCGUGUUGAAGAACGAGUACUUCCCUGAGUACAAUCAGCUUGCAAAAGAAGUGGCCACGUUCGGCCUCAGUCUUGACCUCCUCCAAUGGGACUUUUUCAUGCCCGAUGCUCGACAACGCAUGAUACAUCAAAAGUUCACAGGAACCUCCAGCAAGCCCUCCUCUGUAAUCCCUGUGGCCAGCAAACGACGCAAUUCGGCGUUGAAGGCCAUUUCAAAUGGAUCGCAUUCGGGCUUUGCGUUUUCGUCAGACCAUCAAGCAAGGAGGGUAGAGGCCCGAUUAGCACUGGGGAAGUACAUACACAGAUCAAUGCAAAAAUAAUCCAACUCUUUAUUGAUCACA